CUAUAGAUUAAUGAACACUGUUAAUUAAAAAUUAAAAUAUUCGUUUUUUUUUAAAAAAAUGACUAAAGUUUCUAAAAGAAUCGCAGCGCCAGCUCCUCCGCCGGAUGUUGUUGAGAAAAUUCCCACGCCGACAUGAAACACUGAAUCACGACAAUGGUUCCGCGCUUUAAAUUUGAUUUAGUUGUUUGUUUUUAUUACGUAACUUUUGUUGUUUUACUUUAUCCGUACGGCAAAAAAUAAUAAUAAACCGAUUUUUUUUCUACCGAUGAAACUUUUAUGAUCAGAGAAAAGAGGCACAAUUGAAACCACAGAGAAGCCCUUGAGCAAGUUGACAUGUGGGAUAGAUUAGUGACAGCGUUGGCGUGGUUCCAGUUCCAGUGAAACAGAAACUGAGCCGCUGUUGCUCUGCUGGCUUUAUUGUGCAUCAGUUCAGUUCUGAUCUACUUCUGUUCUUUUAAGGCGGACAUGGACGGAGAAACCUGUGCAGAGAAAAAGACCUCAGACUGCUUACCAUCAGAAAACAGCGACGGACCGACAGGAAGCAGAGAGGACGAGAAGCUGUCGCUGAUCACCUGGAACGUAGACGGGCUGGAUGGAGACGAGCAGCCGGAGAGAGCCCGGAGCCUCUGCCAGUAUCUUCUGACAUAUUCGGCUGACGUGGUGCUUCUUCAGGAAAUAGUCCCGCCCUACAUGCGCUUCAUGCACAAACGUCUCGCCGACACCUACGCCUUCAUUGAAGGUGGAAAGGUGGGUUAUUUCACCUUGAUGCUGCUGAAGAAGACACGGAUUACGCUGCUGGACAGCGAGAAUCUCUUCUUUCCAAAGUCCCACAUGAUGAGAAACCUGCUGGUUGCUCAGGUGCUGUUCAGAGGCCAGAAGCUGUGCCUGAUGACGUCUCACUUUGAGAGCUGUAAGGAGAACAGUGUAGAGAGGAUGAGGCAGCUGAGGGCCGUGAUGAGGAAGAUGAGCCAGGCCCCGGAGGACGUGACGGUUCUGUUCGGAGGGGACACCAACCUGAGAGACUACGAGGUGGCCAAGGUGGGGCUUCCCAGCGACGUCUGCGACCUGUGGGAGCGACUGGGAGAGCCGCAGAAGUGCCGCUACACGUGGGACACCGAGGCCAACACCAACAAGGAGAUCAAGUUCAAGUGCCACCUCCGCUUCGACCGGGUGUACCUCCGACGGGCCGCCCAGGACGGAGUCCCCCGGCUGGACCCCCACAGCAUGUCUCUGAUCGGGCUGGAGAAGCUGCGGUGCGGCAUGUUCACCAGCGAUCACUGGGGGAUCUACUGCACCUUCUCAGCGGAGCAGAACGAAAACGCCAAGUCUCCAAUUAAGGGAGAUUAAUCGUAAAGAAGCUCGAUCUUUUCUGUGAUAUUCUUUUAGAAGGUGGGAGAACUUCAAGAAUCUCUGUCUGCAUUCAGAAAAAAAAAAGCUUUCAUGACUCUUCUUACUCGAAUACUGGCAGCUAUUCAGUCUCAGAAAGA